AUCAGCUGUGUCCAAUCACAGCUGAUCACUGAUCAUCAGUGCCCUGAUGAUCAGUGUCACCCCAGAAGUGCCACCUGUCAGUGCUCAUCAGUGCCAGUGCCCAUCAGCGCCACGUGCCAGUGCCCAUCAGUGCCACAUCAAUGCCACAUAUCAGUGCAUACCAGUGCACAUCAAUGCCACAUAUCAGUGCCCAUCUGAGCUGCCUUUCAAUGUCACCCAUCAGUGCCAGUCAGUGCCACCUAUCAAUGCCAAUCAGUGCCACCUAUCA